GCCCCCUUUGGGACAUAAUUAUUUAGUUUUAUCAGUCUCUUCUAUCUGUUUAUCGCUGAAGAAGUAAAGUGAAUGCGGUUUUCUCAGAAACAAAACGAUAAACUCGCUAAUGCUUUGUGUUCGUUGAUUUCAAAUAUUGAGUCCAUCAAAAAUUUUAGCUUUCAAAAGGAGACAUGGAAAAAGAAAGAUUCUGCCUCUUGCUUCUGGAGCCUGGCGAAACGUACUUUGAGGAUUUCAGUGGCUUAUGGUUCAAGAAAGGAGCCAAAGAGCAAGUUCCGGGACGCCUCAAGUUGUGCUCCCGUUCUGCUGUUUUCGAACCAAGGGAAACUGCUUUGCCCCUCGUAAAACUGCCUCUUCAGCACUGCUCCAGGGUUGAUCCAUCUCAACCAAUCCUGACUGAAAACAUUGGCGAUGGUGUUGAAAUUGAGUGCAAUCAAGUCAUCGAAAUGCUUCCUGGAAACAUUCUGGCUCCAUACUCAUUUUUAAAAGAGUCUCAAACAUUUAUAUUUGUGCCAACCUACAUGGACGUCGAACACAUUUUGCGGCCUCUGAGCCAACUGCACAGAGCUGCAACACUUCCUCUUCAAGAUCACAAUAAUAUGGUCGCCACAAUUAUUUUUUCCCGACAAGCAAGAUUCAAAUUCGACCCGCAGUGGCUUGAGGAUUUCUCCGAGAGAAUAAUUUUCGAAGCCACAGCAAACAAAGUGACACCCUUGGUGGUGAAUCCAGGCAGAGUUGUGCUCACAAACAGCAUUCUAUACUUUCAACCAUUCAAUAAUAUUGAACAGACCGUUGUUUUAAAAAUCCGUCUCCGCCAUGUCAGAAGAGUGACGAAUAGAAGGUUUUUGCUGCGGCACUUGGGUCUUGAGAUUGAAUGCUGUCCCCAGAGUAGUGUGCCAAGAAUUUACUUCAGUCUCGAAAGUGCCAGCGAAAGAGAUUCUUUCGCUGAGGCGCUUCUAAGUCAGGACCUGGAAUUAGACAAUUUGCGGCAGGACGAAAUGACCCUCAAGUGGCAAAACAGUGUUAUUUCCAAUUAUGAGUACCUCAGCUAUUUGAACAGCUUAGCCGAUAGAAGUACAAGCGAUUUGACGCAGUACCCUGUUUUUCCGUGGGUGAUUUGCGAUUACGAAAGCAAGCAAAUUGACCUGAAAAAUCCUCUCGUGUUCAGAGAUCUGACCAAACCUGUUGGGGCGUUGGAUUCCGUUAGACUGCAAAAGCUGCUUGAUCGCUACGAUGAAAUGGAUCCUCCAAAAUUCCUGUAUGGCUCACAUUACAGCGCCCCUGGCUUGGUUCUUUUUUACCUGGUUCGGCAAUAUCCCCAUCUGAUGCUUUGCCUCCAGAACGGGCGUUUCGAUCAUCCUGAUCGAAUGUUCAACAGCAUGAAGGACGUCUGGAGAAACAUCAACACAAACAUGUCUGAUUUCAAAGAACUGACUCCAGAGUUCUACGACCCUGAGCAGGAAGGCAGAUUUUGCACAAAUUUGUUUGGGAUCAAUUUUGGCCACAGGCAUGACGGAAGAAAGGUUGGGGACGUCGAGCUUCCCCCUUGGGCAUCAAAUUCAAAAGAUUUUGUCGUCAAAAUGCGUGAAGCUUUGGAGAGUGACAUCGUGUCUUCCAAUUUGAAUCACUGGAUAGAUUUGAUUUUCGGAUACAAACAAAUGGGAGAGGAGGCCGAAAAGGCGCACAAUAGUAAGUUUCAUUGUUUUGUUAAACUUUUUAACAUAAUUCCUACAAAAUUAAUAGUAUUUUACCCCAUGUGCUAUGAGGGCAGCGUCGAUUUGGAUUCUGAAAUGGAUUUUGGCAAACGCCACGCUCUGGAGGUUCAAAUAAUGGAGUUCGGGCAAAUACCAAAGCAGCUUUUCCAAGUUCCGCACCCGCCUAAGCUUCCCCUCAGCCCACAGUCACCGAUACAUUUGAAUGAUGUCACAGACAGUUUAAUUACCUCCAAGACUUUUUCCGAGGAAACAAUUGUGUGUAAAGAACAAGAGGUGCAGAGAGCACACAGAGAUUAUGUUUCCGGCGUCACUUUUUCCAGCGAUCGCCUUUACUCGGUAGGGCAGGAUGGCACUUUGAAAAUCUUCAAGUUGCCCGACUUGGCAGUGGAGCGAAGCGCCACCCUCUCAUCUCUGCCCCUUUCUUGCUGCACCGUCCUUCCAGGCGCCACCACCGUCCUAGCAGGCUCCUGGGACAAUAAUUUACACUCUUAUGAGGUGGAGUUCGGGCGGAGGGUUGAGUUGCUGGCUGCCCACGAAGACGCGGUCACAUGUCUCCAGUGGCGGCCUGGUCUGUUGGUUUCAGGUUCGUGGGAUUGCUCGGUGCGUCUGUGGAGAGUCGAGGAUGCAACUCUGGGCAAGCAUCCAAUCCGAGGACCUCAAGCCUAUGUUGCCGAAUUGCCACACGAAAAUAAAAUUAAUUCCAUUUGCGUUCAAAGAGAUUUCGUUUUGUCAGGAUCAUCCGGAGAAGUAAUUCUGUGGGAUCUGGAAACUCGCCAACAACUGAAAAACUUUCCAUGCCACAACGAUGAUGUUGUCGGAGCCUUUUUGGACCCAGAUUGCCGACAGGUGCUGACCUGCGGAUCUGACAGUCAAAUUCGCUUGUACGAUCUUAAUUCAGGUCUGCAGGUCUUUUGCAAAACAAUAACUCAACAACCAACUCAGCUGGCCUGGAGGCAAAAUCGCCUUCUCGUCGGCACCCUGGAAGGUCUGCUGCUUGCCUGGGAUCUGAGGCAAGUGAGGCAAAUUUCCCAGAUCCAGGCGCACAAGGGCGCCAUUACUGCGGUCGGUCUUGACGAGGCUGCAAAUUAUGUUGCAUCAGGAGGCACUGAUAGAAGCGUUUCACUUUGGCGCUUUGCCGAGCUGUGAUUUUGAUCAAGAUAUUACUAUAUAAAUAACUCCCAAAAGUAGCCAAAUGAUAUGCUCAAAAUUGUGAUAAAUUUGCACUCAUGUUUUUAUUAAACAAAAAAUCAAUUAUUGUUUGCUCACCUCUCACUUGUUAAAUAACAGCAACACAUGCGGAAGAUCAACAAGUAUUUUUAUGAUCAGCAGAAAUAAAUUUGAUUAUCCAGCUGAA